AUAUCAAGGCAGAAUGUAAGGUUGAGAGAAUACUAAAAACUAAUCAAACCUCCAUGUACUAGCAACCCUAGGAAAAACUUCUUACCAAAUCGUGUAGUAAAUGUGUGGAACUCUCUACCAGAAAAUGUUGUUAGUGCACCGUCGGUGAACUCUUUAAAAAUAGACUAGAUACACAUUUUAGAAUGUUAAAAAGUGCUAAAUAAACACAAGUGCUGUGAUAUACACGCAUCAGCUCCAAGAGCUGCUAGUGUAUCAAAUAAAAUAAUAAAUUAUAAGUGGAUAAAAAACAAUAAUUAACUUAAACAUUACUCAAACUAAACGUAUACCAAUUUUACUAUACAAUUCUAAUAUGUUUAAUUUUGUUAUGCUAUUACUCAGAUAUUAAAAGAAAUAAAUAUCAGGAGACAACUUACACAGAUCAACCUCGCCCCUAACUAAGCAAAGCUUGUACUAUGGGUACUAGGCGACAGUAUAUACAUAUUUAUAGAUAAAUAACACAAACACCUUACCGGGAUUGAAGCACAGGACCAUGAUGGGCUUCAGAUGAUCAGUAACAGGUUGUUUGUAGAUAUUAACAUGUAUAGUAGGGUUCAAAAGUGCUUGGACAAGUUAUGAAUGAAAUCAUUCCUAAAUUGUCCCUACAAAUUUGAACCUGAUGGUACAACAUAGAUCUCAUUACUAUCAAUACAUAUUAAUUAUAUUUGUACACUAGAAAUAAAAUAAUCGAAAAAUUCAGUCGUGAUUUGAAGGUCAAAAUGUCUUUACUCUUCGACGAGUCUUUGAAAUCAAUUGAUUAUAUUUUUAAAUUUGUUGGGAUAUAUUUGGACCGUACAAUUCUUAAUACCGCCGAGCAUAUAAUAAAAUUUCGAUCUUUGUAUAUAAUAAACUUCCUUUGGCUGAUCACGGAUGUAACUGGAGAAAUAUUAUGGAUCAUACAGGGCGCUCGACAUGGCAAAAGUCUAAUCGAAUUGACUUAUAUAGCGCCCUGUACAACAUUCUGCAUACUUGCAAACAUAAAAGCCCUCUCCCUGCUUCUUAAUGACGAUAAAGUGAAGCAACUAUUCAAGCAACUUCGAGACAUGGAGAAUAAUAUUAAUAUUGGCGAUGAAAUAGUUAAGAAGAAAAUCGUUGCUGAAGAAAAAAAGUUUUUAAGGGCUGUUAUAAAGGCUUUGAGUGUAGUCAACGCUCUUACACUGAUAUUGUUUAGUGUGAGCCCGGUAUUGUUCAUGGGAUUAGAAUAUAAGAAGUCGGGACAGAUUGAACUGGUACUACCGUUCCUGAUUGUUUAUCCGUUCAAUCCUUAUGACAUCAAAUACUGGCCGUUUGUAUACAUGCAUCAAAUUUGGUCGGCAAACUUAGUGGUUACCCAAUUCGCUGGAACCGACUGCCUCUUCUAUACAUGCUGCACUAGCAUCUGCACGCAGUUUCGCUUGCUGCACCAUGAUAUCGAAACUAUCAUCCCUGAACGUAAUUUUGGCGAAAAUGAGUUUUUGGAAAAGUUUAAGAAGUUAGCUACUCGUCAUGAAGGCAUCAUGCAGUCAGUGAUUCAAUUGGAAAGCAUCUAUACGAAAUCGACAUUAUUCAAUUUCGUGUCAAGUUCAUUCCUGAUUUGCCUGACGGGAUUUAACGUCACGAGCAUGGAAGUGAGCAACGCCAUGUACAAUUCGAAAUGGUAUACAGUGAGCGCGAGAGCAGCAAAGCAUCUGUAUGUUGGACAAAUGAGGGCACAGAAACCCUCCAAGUUGACGGCGUUCGGUUACGCCGACGUCAACUUGAACGCGUUCAGAAAAAUAUUGAGCACGGCUUGUUCAUACUUCGCUCUUCUGCAAACUAUGGAGAGCCCGACGCAAGCGUAGUUCGUCACUCCAGUUGUAGUUCUAGAGCACAGAUUUUCAUUUGACUCGUUUAGAUUAGACCCACGCGGCCCACGUUUAUGGCCUCUCCAAACGUCACUUAUAAUCGAACGUGUGCAAUACAUUGUGGCAUUUGACUAAUCGAUUAAAUUCGUUUCUCUUACUUUGCCAGCAAUUAUGUAAAAUCUCAUGCCAUUUGCUGCAACGUCUGCAUAUAGUCCUUAGUGUACACGACAAAAAAGUGCGGAAAAUUAUGAUGAUGGAAUUUUCUUUUGCAUAGUUCGAAAACCUUUUGAAACACAGAAUAAUUUUGGAAGUGUAACCAAUCGAAUGUUCGAUGCAAAAUUUCGAUUUUCUUCCUAAAGAUAUAAAGAGAAAAUUAUAUACAAUGACGAACGACCGCAGCCACUACAAAACAAACUUUAUAAUUUAUCAAUAAUUCACGCUGUAACAAAACACGUUGUAGAUAGUUAAUACAAUUUUAAUUAAUAGUCAGGUAUGUUUGUUUUACAAUGUUAAGUACUAAAUUAUAUACCUAUUGUAGAAAAAAUUAC